AUGGUUCACAUCACAGAGGAGAUGGUGCGGCGGCGAGCGGAGCACAACGACUGUGAGAUCUUCUCUCUGGAGGAGGUGUCUCUGCACCAGCAGGACAUCGAGAGGAUCGAGCACCUGGACCGGUGGUGCAGGGACCUGAAGAUCCUCUACCUGCAGAACAACCUGGUCUCCAGGAUGGAGAAUCUCAGUCGCCUGAAGAAACUGGAGUAUUUGAAUUUGGCUUUGAACAACAUUGAAGUCAUUGAAAACCUUGAAGGCUGCGAGAGCCUCCAGAAGCUGGACUUGACGGUGAACUUCAUCGGCUGUUUGAGCAGCGCCGAGUCUCUGAGACACAACAUCCACCUCCGGGAGCUGUUCCUGGUCGGGAACCCCUGCACCGAGUUCCAGGGCUACAGACAGUUCCUGGUUUCCUCUCUGCCACAACUCAAGUCUCUGGACGGGACGGAGAUCAGCCGAUCGGAGAGGAUUCGAUCCUCACAGGGACUGAAGGAGGUGAAGAGACGAGUGUUAGAGCAGGAGAAAGAAUUCCUGAGGAGGAGAGCCGAGGAGAAGGAGGAGGUGCAGAGGAAGGCUGCAGGAGAGGAGAAAGGAAACAAGGAGAGGAGAGAAGGUUCUGACGGCUGCUUGGACACCAACACAAGCCAGGAGGUGGAGGAGAACACAAAGCAGCUGGCGACGGAGGAGGAGCAGCAGGAGCAGGAGGAGCAGGAGGAGAAGGAGUUCUGGAACACGCCGUGUUCGUUCACCCCCGAGUCUCGUCUGGAGACUCAUCGCCACCUGGAGAAGAAGAGGAGGGCGAAGGAGAAGGGGACGGAGAAGCAGCCCAAGGCCUCCAGGACUCUGAUCACCGCUGAUGGACGAGUCAUGAACGUCAACGAGCCAAAGUUGGAUUUCUCUCUGACUGAAGACGAGCAGAACAACACUGUGGUCUUGGACUUGUCUGUGUACAGACACAUGGACACGUCCCUCGUGGACGUGGACGUCCAGACGACGUACGUCAGAGUCAGCGUCAAAGGAAAGAUAUUUCAGGUGGUUCUUCCGGCUGAAGUGAAGCCCGACAGCUCGACGGCUCAGAGGUCUCAGACCAGCGGACACCUGGUCCUCACCAUGCCCCGGGCUGAAGGUGAAAUCAAAGUGUCGAAGGUCGUCCCGCGUCCAGCUGGCGUGCGUCCGAGCAGAUGCAGAAGCUCCUCCCACGACAGGAAGAGGAGCCCCUCCUCCCCCGAGUGGCUGGACGUGGACCCCAGCCGGCGGACCGCCCUCGACCUCGGCAGCAUCGUGUCGGACCACCGAGCCGGACCCGGUCCAGUGGAAGCCUCCGGGGGGGCUCCACCUGAAGCCGCCGCCCACUGCUGCUUCUCUGAAGGCUUCGUGGACGACCCCGAGGUGCCCCCCCUCAUGUAG